CCAAAAGCAACUGCUGCGUGACUCAAAGACAAAACUUCCUCCACUCUCUGAAACUGAGCGUGUCCUGUAUGGGUUGAUCAAGAGCAAGCAGAACCUUGGAAUAUGGACCGCUGAUACGAAAAGAGAUACAGGUCUUCAAACGACUGUCGUCACCAAAACCCUGAAGUCCCUCCAAAAUAAAAAUCUUAUAAAAGAUGUUGUUAACAUUCACAAUAUUCACAAUAAGGCAAGAAAAAUUUACGUGGCUGUGGAGUUUGAACCAUGAAAAGAAAUAUCGGGUGGUUCUUGGUAUUCAGAUGGAAGCCUUGAUACAGAUUUCAUUAGGAUUCUAAGAGAGCAGUGUUUGAAUCAUAUUGAGAGGUUCCAGGUUGCCACGAUGGAAGCUAUAUACAAGUCCAUCCAAGAAUCACGGGUAUUUAAAGUUGAAUGUACCAUGCAUCAUAUUGUUGAAAUUGUUAAUGCAAUGGUUCUGGAUAAGGAGGUCGAGGAAUUGAAGAGUACCGGGAUAGGAGAUUUCUCUAAAGCUCAAUCAGGGAAGAUUUGCUACAGAAGCUUAAGAAGUAGAGGUGGUCUCAAAAUAGGUGCCUUUUCAUCAAUUCCUUGUGGAGUUUGCCCACGGAUAAGGGAGUGCGCACCAAAUGGAAUUAUCUCACCAAAGACUUGUAUCUAUUACAACAAGUGGCUUAAAAUGGAAUUUUAGAUGUAAACUCGUUACUCUGGAGAAAUAUUUUGAGGCUUUAUGAACCAAAAGUCUCUGAGUGGUUUGAGGUGUAGGUUUUUUUUUUUUUACCAAUCCAAAGGAGGAGAUCAGAAUCUUGUGAAUGUAAACCUUUAAAAUUGUUUCUAGGCCCUUUUCUGUAUCAGUACGCUUGUGUGCUGAUUAUUAUUUUCAUUUGCUGAAAUUUUAGUAAAGCUUUGCAUGUAUUGCUCCA